AUGGAAGAGGAAGAUAACAAAGUGUCCGAUUAUUCCGGUAUUCUUAGUUUAUCAGAAGCUUACCUUACUUUUAACUCGACUGAACAGGGCCGAUAUUUCGAAGUGGUGAUGCCACUUUAUACGAUACGUCGUGUUGAAAAAUUAACAGAUAAGGCACAUGCUUUUCCUAUAAAGAUUGUAAACUGGCAUCAAGCCGAGUCUAUUUAUUACUUGAACGUCAAUGAAAAGGAAUACGAAAACUUUUCUUCCACGCUCACCAACAGUUUACGUAAUCAGAUUAAGCACAUGAAGAUGAUGAAACAAUUCUUGACUUCAUGUCCUUCGGAAGCCGUUGUGGCUGGAAAGACAUUAGCUGAGAUGGACAGUAUCCCCGGUGGAUUGGGUUUAACUUUUGAAUACCCCGGAGAUCCCAAAAAGUUAAAAGAAAAGAGCAAAAUGAAGCUAUGGAAAAAGUACUUUGAUGAGUACGGAAGAAACUUGACAAUCUCUAAAACACCUCGGUUUGCUAAACUCAUUCGGGUGGGACUACCCAAUCGAUUGCGUGGCGAGGUUUGGGAAAUUUGCUCUGGUGCUAUUUUUGAGCGAUUCAUGAACCAAGGGUUGUAUGCUCGUAUCUUAGAGGAAAACAAGGAUCGGAAUUCACUUAGUUUAGAAGAGAUUGAAAAGGAUCUGAACCGUUCUUUACCCGAGUAUAAAGCGUAUCAACAAGAAGAAGGCAUUGAUAGUUUAAGAAGAGUACUCAGUGCUUAUUCUUGGAAGGACCCCGAGUUGGGAUAUUGUCAGGCCAUGAAUAUCGUGACCUCUGCUAUUCUCAUCUAUAUGAGUGAGGAACAGGCCUUCUUUACAUUGAGUAUUUUGUGUGACGAUUUAUUACCGGGAUACUACAGUACUUCCAUGUACGGUGCUCUCUUGGAUCAAAUUAUUUUUGAGCAUUUGCUGGAAAGAACUAUGCCCAAGCUUCAUGCACAUUUCAAAGAAACGGAUAUUCAACUUUCAGUGGCGUGUUUACCUUGGUUCCUGAGUCUCUAUAUCAACUCCAUGCCUUUAUUGUUUGCAUUUAGAGUCUUGGAUUGUUUUUUUAUGGAGGGUCCCAAAGUCUUGUUUCAAAUUGGUCUUGCUAUUCUCAAAAUCAACGGGGAUGCACUUUUGGAGGCAACGGAUGAUGGAGUAUUUAUGGAUAUCUUAAAAGGAUACUUCAGCAAUCUUGAUAAGCCGUUAUACCCUAAUUCCGAUAAUCCCAAAGCCAAGAAUUUAACAAAAUUCAAUGAAUUGUUACUAGUUGCGUAUCGUGAAUUUAGCAGUGUGACAGACGAGCUUGUGCGAGAAUUGAGACAGACACAUCAACUUAAGGUUGUGGCUGGAAUUGAAUCUUUUACGAAACGUUCGGCCGUGCGUAAUAUUGAGAAUACAGCGGGGUUAGACAAAUCUGAAUUGGGUAUUGUGUAUGAUAAAUUCUACAAUGUUUUGUAUUACAAGCAACAGAAAUCGACGGAAAGAAAUGAUUCGCGUAUGGAUCAAAAAUCCUUUCAAUUGUUUUUGGGUUCUUUGGCCACUUGGGCCAAGAUGACGGAUGAUAAUGAUGGAGAACGACAAUUGAAGGUGGCACAAAACUUUUUCCAACAAUUGUUCAAGGAUGUGAUUAUUGGCGUUGGAUCGAUUUAUAAGGGAGAUUUGAAUUCACAGAUUAAAUUGUUCUUUCAAUUGCAUGAUGUAGAUAAAGACGAUUACUUGAACCGAGAAGAAAUUUUACAAUUAUCGGAAACUUUACUUUGGAUAUUCAGAAAUACAUCGGAUGAAGAACAUUUGAAUUCAGUUUCGACUUUUAUUCACCAUGCUUUUGAGUAUUCAGAGAAAAGAGGUGAAGAUCAGUUCUUGUCGUUAGCCUCGCUAAGAAUGAUUGUAUUGGCAGAUGAGUCAUUGGAGACAUUUUUCGAUCACGAGUUUGCUAGUUCUUUUAAAUUGACGGAAAAAGCAGCCGAGCAACAGAGAAGUCUUGGUAGAGAGAUCUUUGAUAAUUUGUUAGCAACCGGUACCAAAUUGGCUACUAGUACAGGUGUGCGACCUCAAUUAAAGAGUACUAGAUCCACCGAUGUUUCCAUUUCUACCACCGAUCUUGAAGCUACCAUUGAUGCUAUUCAAGAGACGAAAUUGGAAGAGAAAUUGAAGGCAGAGGAUCCAGUUGUUGUCGCUCCCAAGAAAGAACAUGUCUUGGGUGAUGUUUCUGAGGACGACGAUGACGAAGAUGAUGAUGAUGAAGGAGAUUUAAGCCCGGAUGUCUUGGAGGAAGUAGAUAGGUUAUUAAAAGAGUAUGGCGAUGAAGAUGAUUAA